CAGAUGCUGUCUUGGAAGGGGAGACGCCGCCGUCCUGCAUACCUCUUCAUCUAUGGCGGCUGCUUUUUCAACGGUGUCAAAUGUCCGGUCUUUGCCGAGUCCACGAAGCGGUACUCAGAUCAGAGCUAUGUAUCAUAAGAAUAGUGCGAGUUCAUUUAAGCUCACGGGAUUUCCUACGCGAUCGCAUAUAUGCUCCUCACUGAGCGCCUUUGCCGGUUCGUUGCGUUUGGUGACUCACACCUCUUCUUGGAAUGCUUCUUCUCAAGAAAGAACGCGUUUUACCAGCUUGGUUCGGGCCAGUUCUGAGGAAGUACCUUUACAAUCAAAAAUUACUCACAAGGUGUAUUUUGACAUAAGUAUUGGAAAUCCCGUGGGAAAGCUUGCUGGAAGGGUUGUGAUUGGACUCUAUGGUGAUGAUGUGCCCCAAACAGUAGAGAACUUUCGUGCACUUUGCACAGGAGAGAAAGGCUUUGGGUACAAAGAUUCUACAUUUCAUCGUGUGAUAAAGGAUUUCAUGAUUCAGGGAGGGGACUUUGACAAGGGGAAUGGAACUGGAGGUAAAAGUAUUUAUGGCCGCACUUUCAAAGAUGAGAAUUUCAAGUUGUCUCAUGUAGGACCAGGAGUUGUUAGCAUGGCAAAUGCAGGGCCCAACACCAAUGGGAGUCAAUUUUUUAUAUGCACUGUCAAGACCCCCUGGCUGGAUCAAAGGCAUGUAGUAUUUGGCCAAGUUUUGGAAGGCAUGGACAUUGUUAGGUUAAUUGAAUCACAGGAUACGGAUCGAGGUGACCGUCCAAGGAAGAAGGUGGUUAUCAUUGACUCGGGUGAGCUUCCAAUAGCUUGAAAAACAUCCGUUAGUCGCACUCAGCUUCUGAUUAGUUUGUUGUCCCAAAACCAGAAGUUGCACUUUGAAAUUUAGUUGAUUAGUCUUGAGUGCAGUGCUUUUGUUUUAUUAUUUUUUUGUUUAAUCUACAUGUUAAACUGGAAACUUUAUGUGGCCAUCUUUAUUCUAGCGGAAUUAUAGUUUAGGAAAUUUCCAAUCUGAAUGGCCUUGGAUAGCGACGGACUUAUGAGGAUAGUUUGUACAAGAUUUAUUGUCAAAUUGUUUUAGUUAUUGCAAGUAAAUGGUGGUUCGGCUUUC